AUGACCAGGGGUGCUUGGAUGCGUCGGCAGCAUGAUGAGGGCUUAAAAUACUGGUUUGCAUCCCGAGAGAACGAGAAGCCAUUUACCGAGUCGGAACGGGCCCAGAGAUGGCGACUGUCGCUGGCCUCUCUGCUGUUCAUCACCGUCCUGCUCUCUGAUCACUUGUGGUUCUGCGCCGAGGCAAAACUGACGCGAACCCGAGACAAGCGGUCGGACGAGGGGCUUGCAAUUACGGACAUGGGCGAGUACCCAAACUCCCUCCACCAACAUCCAACAUCACCUGACCCCAACCAUCUCGCCAGAGAGCAAGAUGUUAUUUUUCUAGGGAAUUCUACCAAACCUCUGUGGCGAAUGGACACCUGUCAUCCAGACAGCCUGUCCAAAGACUGCUUUACUUUCACGGACGCGAAGACCGUGUGCCUGGGCCUCUCCGGUAGAGGGGAAAAGGGGACACAGUUGGCGUACGUGAAUCUGAGCGAUUUGUACCUUUCUUUUUGUAAUUCAUACUCACUUUUGGAUUUGUUUUACGGGUUUACGAGUCCGGACGAUUUGAAUUGCAACCUGGAUAUGGUCAUGGGGGUAGACCUGCUGGGAUGCAGCAAGUGUGUCCGGGCUUAUCAGCUUCUUGACAAGCGGGCGGAGGACAACUACCGGGAGUUUGAACUGCUGGUUCAGAAAUACGAGACUGAUGCAUAUUCGGUCAGGACGUGCAUGGAGGAAUGCAAGAUGGUUUAUAAGCCCUGGCUGUGUUCUCAGUACUUCCAGACCACCCAGAUGCACUGCAGUAAGCGAAUCCCCUGUGGUCAGUACUGUCUGGAGGUGCAGCAGCGGUGCCCCUUUGUCCUGCCCGACAAUGAUGAUCUCAUUCAUGGAGGCAGCCCCAGUUUUAUAUGCACAGGGCUGCUGGAGGACUAUCCAUCAGGUGUUGACCCGGAUGCAGAGUGCUGUGACGUGCGGUGGGACUUGAAAGUGGACAACCGUUCCCGGGGGACCCUGAAAAGAACUCACCCACCAUGCCAGCACCGUACCUCCCUCAGCUCCUCUGCAGCCUGCAGACUGUGUAACAGCCGGCUCAAACUCUGCCUCCUGGUCCUUGUCCUCCUACACACUGUUGCCAGCCUCACUGCAUCCCACAAUGCAACAGGACUGGGCCUCCCCGCCAUUACGCCUCUGGAGGAAAGCCCUGCCAAUGAGGAGUGA